AUAAUUUUCUCCUCCAAAUUCUCUCUCUCUCUCUCUCUCUCUCUCUCUCUCUCAUCACAGGAAAGGCAGCCUUCCCCUCCCCUCAAGAAUUCCACCACUCACCUGCAUGCCCCCAAAAUUUAAGGAUCUCAAUCAAUUCAUUCUGGUUUCUAUUCUUCCCCAAAACUCAUAUUUUUUACGUUGCCCUCCAUCCCAUAACCCCUCCUCCAUCAAUCUCUAAACGGUGGCUGCAAAAUGGUACGUACGUAAUUAAACAAACCCCAAGCUAGCUAGCUUUAAUUUCACAUGCAUCUAUCUUAAUAAUUUAUCUUCUUAAUUAAUUAAUUACCAUUAAUGUAUGUAAAAAUCGAUCAUUAUGCAUGCCUCCAUCUGUGCGUGCGUUCAAUUCUCUCUUGAUAUGAUGGCUAGCACGUACGUACGCACGUUGGGAUCUAAAAUAUAUAUCAGAUAAUUGAAUUCUGUGAUUUGAUUCUAAGUGGAUAGAUUAUUAAUUGGAUCGACGGAUCGAUGUUAAUUUCAUUUGCAAUAUUAAUCAAUCUGUCAUCUUCGUUUCUCUCUUCAAUUCCUCUUUGAUUUGGAAAAUUAAAUUGAAUAAAUGCGUGAACGUGCAAUAAGAAUAUUGAAAUGGGGAGGUGCAUGCAUGCAUAUAUAUAUAUAUAUAUAUUUAUAUGCACAGGCGAACUCGGCAUCUGGAAUGGCGGUGCACGACGAGUGCAAGCUAAAGUUCCUGGAGCUAAAAGCAAAGAGGAACUACAGGUUCAUUGUGUUCAGGAUUGAAGAGAAGAUUCAACAGGUGACGAUUGAGAAGCUGGGGAAUCCCGACGAAAGCUACGACGACUUCGCUGCGUCUUUGCCCCCCAACGAGUGCCGCUACGCCGUCUACGAUUUUGAUUUCACCACCGACGAGAACUGCCAGAAAAGCAAGAUUUUCUUCAUUGCGUGGUCACCGGAUACAUCGAGAGUGAGGAGUAAGAUGCUGUAUGCAAGCUCAAAGGACAGAUUUAAGAGGGAGUUGGACGGCAUUCAAGUUGAGUUGCAGGCAACGGAUCCCAGUGAGAUGAGCUUAGACAUUGUCAAGUCCCGAGCCCUCUGAUCAAUUACAUAUAGACAUACAUAAUAUAUAUGAGGCAAUCCCUCCCCCACCUCAAUUAAUUAAUUUCUGCCAUGCGUUUUGAAUGCAUGCGGGCCUUUUAGUUUUUCUAAGGUUAAAUGUGUUUUUGUCAAUCAUUUUUUUAUCUUUUCUUGUGUAAAACCAAUUAAGUAGUGCAAUAUUGUGAUACCAAUUACGUACACAGUAAUUAUUUUGAGUCUCAUUAUUGUAACUAAUCAAAGGACCAGCAACACAAAUAGAUACAUUAUCAUC